AUGAGUUCUCUAAUUUCUCAAACCAUAAUAGUAUUAGUCUCCAUUAUAUCGUUUUCUGCGGUUCAAGCCAAUAACAUUCCAGCGGUUUUUGCGUUUGGAGAUUCGAUACUCGAUACAGGCAACAAUAACAAUCUUCUGACCCUAACAAAAGUUAAUUUUUUUCCAUAUGGAAGAGAAUUUGUAAAUCGAAGAGCCACAGGAAGAUUUGGCAAUGGAAGAAUUCCUACUGAUAUGAUUGCCGAAGGUUUGGGAAUAAAGAACAUUGUACCAGCUUAUCGUAGUCCAUUUCUCCAACCCAAUGAUAUUUUAACCGGUGUUAGCUUUGCUUCUGGUGGUUCUGGUUUAGAUCCAUUGACCGCAAGACUUCAGGGAGUUAUUUGGGUACCAGACCAGUUAAAGGACUUCAAAGCUUACAUAGCAAAGCUAAAUAGCAUCACAGGAGAUGAAGAGAAAACGAAAUCAAUCAUAACAAAUGCAGUUUAUGUCAUUUCUGCUGGAAAUAACGAUAUUGCCCUCACAUAUUUCCCAAAUCCUUUAAGAAAUACUCGUUAUACUGUCUUCUCAUACACCAACCUGAUGGUUUCAUGGACUCAAUCAUUCAUGAAGGAGCUAUAUAAUUUGGGAGCGAGGAAAUUUGCGAUUAUGGGAACGUUGCCAUUAGGUUGCUUACCAGGAGCAAGCAACGCUCUUGGAGGGAUAUGUCUAGAACCCGCAAACGCGGUGGCUAGACUCUUUAACCAGAAGCUAGCAAAGGAAGUCAACAAUCUUAACUCGAUGCUUCCUGGUUCUCGUUCGAUCUACGUUGACAUGUAUAAUCCUCUUCUUGGCCUUGUCAGGAACCCUCUAAGAUCAGGAUUCACCUCGCCGACUAGACCUUGUUGUUGUGCUCCGAUGGCUCCGGUUCCGUGCAUGGAUCCAUCUCGACAUGUGUUUUGGGACAUUGGACACCCAUCGGAGAGAGCUUAUCAGACUAUUAUCCCUCCGAUUAUCCAACAAAUCCAACAAAGCUUCGCUUGA